AUGGACAAAACUCACCAACCAACCACUCCGUAUCUCGUCUUCCUCUUCUUCUUCACUCUAACCGUCGCUACUCAAACCACCGGUUCGGUUAACUGCGAAACCGGUUCGCUCCCUUAUCCAUUCGGUUUCACCGACGGUUAUCCGAUCCGAUUCAAUUGCUCCAACAAAACCGCGGAGAUCGGAGAAUUCUCCGUACAGGAAGUGACGAACGCAAACAUAUACGUUAACAUCCCGCCGCUGUGCAAACGCGAUAUCCGCAAAAUCGAGCAUCUCUUCCGCGACAAUUUCGCUCCGUCGAUAUUACAGAACACAAUCCUUGUCCAAGGGUGCAACGAAUCGUCGUCUGAUUGUUCAAUUGAUCGUAAUUUCGUCGAAGAUCGGUUAAACCAAAGUAGUUGUAUCUCUCAGGUGAGAUGUCUUAACAGAUCCACGGAGAUAAAGGCAGAUGUGAUGAGUGUAUUAGAAGUUGUUAACCGGAGUGGAUGUAAGUAUUGGUUCUCUUCGAUUACGACUCGGUCUAAAUCGCAACGUUCGGUUAAUUUGGGUCAACUCAGGCUUGAUUGGUGGCUUAAGGAAGGUUGUAGUGACACGGCGUGUUCCGCGAACGCAACUUGUACGAAUGUCACUCUCUCCGGAGGUGGUUUUGGUCAUCGUUGCACUUGUCACGAUGGAUUUUAUGGUAACGCCUUUAUCGUGCACGGUGGUUGCCGACCAGUUGGUAAACGCAAAGGACUACUACACAAACUCAUUGUUUUUGGAAUUGCUACUUUACUUGGAGCUUCACUAAUUGCCAUAUCGAUAUUUGCUUUUAUCUACCGCCACAAACGUUCUACGUCUUCCUCGAAAUCAUCACUCGCGAAUCGCUUGUUCUGUGAGCUCGCCGGGAACUCCAGCGUUCCCUUCUACACCUACAAAGAGCUCGAGAAAGCUACCGACAACUUUUCCGACAAAAACAAGCUCGGAAUCGGAGCAUACGGAACAGUCUACGCUGGCGAAUUCCCAAACAACUCAUGGGUCGCUAUCAAACGUCUCAGACGCAAAGACACACCAAGCAUCGACCAAGUCGUGAACGAGAUCAAGCUUCUCUCCUCCGUUAGCCACCCUAACCUAGUUCGUCUCUUAGGCUGUUGUGUCGCUCAAGGCGAACCCAUUCUAGUCUACGAGUUCAUGCCUAACGGAACGCUUUCUCAGCAUUUACAACACGAAAGAGGCCACACACCGCUUUCUUGGCCGCUACGUCUCUCCAUCGCUUCUCAAACCGCAAACGCAAUCGCACAUCUCCACUCUUCAGUAAACCCUCCUAUCUACCACCGAGACAUUAAAUCUAGCAACAUACUCCUCGACCACGAGUUUAACUCCAAGGUCUCUGACUUUGGACUCUCUAGGCUCGGCAUGUCCGCAGAUUUCGACGUGUCCCAUAUCUCCACGGCUCCACAAGGCACUCCGGGAUAUUUAGACCCACAGUACCACCAAGAUUUUCAGCUCUCGGAUAAGAGCGAUGUCUAUAGCUUUGGAGUUGUUCUCAUUGAGAUCAUCUCAGGGUUUAAGGUCAUAGACUUUACUCGUCCCUUCACUGAAGUGAACCUAGCCGCUCUUGCUAUUGACAGGAUCGGAAGAGGGCGUGUGGUAGAUAUCAUUGAUCCCUGUUUACAAACAGAGAACGAUCCAAAAAUGUUUGCCUCUGUCCAGAACUUAGCCGAACUUGCAUUUCGCUGCUUAUCAUUCCAUAGAAACAUGAGGCCUACAAUGAUGGAAGUUGCUGAAGACAUCCAACGGAUUAAGCUUAUGUACUUUGGCAAAGAGACGGGGAACUCCAGAAGCAGAUCCGAAACUGAUAUGAAGAGAUUAAACAGCAAAGAAUCAUCUCCGAGAGUAUGAAUGUAGCCGCAGGAUACUAAAAGAGUUAUGUCUUGGAUUUUGAUUGUCUCUUGUUGGUUCCUUGUGUAUGAAGUAACAAAAAAAGAAAGAUAUAAAAUAUAUAGUUCCCUGUGUUUGUGAAAGAGUUAAAUCUAUACAUUUUCAGGGAUGCUGUUCUAGCCAAUUGUGAUCUAAGAGUUUUUGAAUUAAGCGCCAUAAACCUUCAUAGCAACCGCUAACAUUACCGCUUUUCCUGUAUA